CCACUACAACAACGACGGCUGCCACCACCACAGCCGUCCCAGCCACUACAACAACGACGGCCUCCACCACCUCCACAGCCCCAACCACUACAACAACAACGGCUGCCACCACCAUCACAGCCCCAGCAACUACAACAACAACAGCAGCCGCAACAACGACGACGGUUGCCACCACCACAGCAGCCACCACAAUCAUCUGUGUUGGUGGCUGCCCAGCCACUACAACAACGGCUGCCACCACCACCACAGCAGCCACCACCACCACAUCCCCAACCACAACAAAACUGACGGCAGCCACCACUUCCACAUCCACAGCCAGUACAACAACGACAGCUGCCACCACGACCACCACAGCAGCCACAACAACAACGACGGUUGCUACCACCACCACAUCAGCCACCACCACCACAUCCCCAGUCACUACAACAAUGACGGCUGCCACCACCACCACGUCCCCAGCCACUACAAUGACGACAGCCACUACCAACACAGCCCCAGCGACCACAAUAGCAACGGCUGCCACCACCACCACAGCUGCUACUACAAUCACAGCUGCCACCACCACAAGAAUGACGGCUUCAACCACCACCACCACCACAGCCCCCACCACAAUCACAGGUGCCACCACCACAACAACGACAGCUUCAACCACCACUACCACAUCCCCCACGACAAUCACAGGUGCCACCACCACAAAAACGACGGCUUCAACCACCACCACCACCACCACAGCCCCAGCCACAACUACGGCUUCCACCACCACCUCAGCCCCGACCUCCACCUCAGCCCCGACCUUCACCACCCCCAUAUUUGUUGA